AUGUGGAUCGUGUUGCUGGGUUUGCUCUCCUGCAUCUUGGAGGCAGAUGUUCUCUCGUAUUUAAGCUGUGUUAAACCUAGCUGUGUUAAACCUCGUUGUGAUAAACCUCGCUGUGUUAAACCUCGUUGUGUUAAACCUCGCUGUGUUAAAUCUCGCUGUGUUAAACCUCGCUGUGUUAAACCUCGUUGUGUUAAACCUCGCUGUGUUAAACCUCGCUGUGUUAAACCUCGCUGUGUUAAACCUCGUUGUGUUAAACCUCGUUAUGUUAAACCUCGCUGUGUCAAACCUCGCUGUGUUAAACCUCGCUGUGUUAAACCUCGUUGUGUUAAACCUCGCUGUGUUAAACCUCGUUAUGUUAAACCUCGCUGUGUUAAACCUCGCUGUGUUAAACCUCGCUGUGUUAAACCUCGUUGUGUUAAACCUCUCUGUGUUAAACCUCGCUGUGUUAAACCUCGCUGUGUUAAACCUCGUUGUGUUAAACCUCGCUGUGUUAAACCUCGUUGUGUUAAACCUCGCUGUGUUAAACCUCUCUGUGUUAAACCUCGCUGUGUUAAACCUCGUUGUGUUAAACCUCUCUGUGUUAAACCUCGCUGUGUUAAACCUCGUUGUGUUAAACCUCUCUGUGUUAAACCUCUCUGUGUUAAACCUCGCUCUGUUAAACCUCGCUGUGUUAAACCUCGCUGUGUUAAACCUCGUUGUGUUAAACCUCUCUGUGUUAAACCUCUCUGUGUUAAACCUCGCUGUGUUAAACCUCGUUGUGUUAAACCUCUCUGUGUUAAACCUCUCUGUGUUAAACCUCGCUGUGUUAAACCUCGCUGUGUUAAACCUCGUUGUGUUAAACUUCGUUGUGUUAAACCUCUCUGUGUUAAACCUCGCUGUGUUAAACCUCGCUGUGUUAAACCUCGUUGUGUUAAACCUCGCUGUGUUAAACCUCGUUGUGUUAAACCUCGUUGUGUUAAACCUCGCUGUGUUAAACCUCGCUGUGUUAAACCUCGCUGUGUUAAACCCCGUUGUGUUAAACCUCUCUGUGUUAAACCUCGCUCUGUUAAACCUCUCUGUGUUAAACCUCGCUGUGUUAAACCUCGUUUGUGUUAA